AUGGAUGGCCGCGACUUCGCACCGCCGCCUCAUCUGCUGUCGGAGCGCGGAAGCCUGGGCCACCGCAGCGCCGCCGCCGCUGCGCGCCUCGCCCCGCCCGGGCCCGCCGCGCAGCCCCCCGCUCACUUCCAGCCCGGAAAGUACUUCCCGUCGCCGCUGCCCAUGGCUUCGCACACAGGUCACAGCCGCCUGAUGGGAAACUCUCCGGCCUCCUCUUUCAUGGGCAGUUUCCUCACCAGCAGCCUGGGCUCGGCAGCCUCUGCGCACCCCAGUGGCCCCACCCCGUCCCCCUCGGAUCAGGCCUACCGGGGCUCACACCCCGCCACCUCCCAGAUCUGGUUCUCCCACUCCCAUGAAGCUCCAGGGUACCCCAGAUUUUCGGGGAGUCUGGCAUCCACCUUCCUACCCAUGAGCCACUUGGAUCACCAUGGAAACAGCAAUGUUCUCUAUGGGCAACAUCGUUUCUAUGGAACCCAAAAAGGCAAGUGCUGGCACAACUUCUACCUGCGCAACCUGCCCCCCCAGCCCACGCUCCUGCCCGCCAACCACAACUUCCCCAGUGUGGCCCGGGCCGCCCCCGGCCACCCCAUCGGCUCCUGCAGCCGCGACAGGGGCGAGGCCAGCCACCUGCAGAAGGGCACCAAGGAGUUCGACCGCUUCCUCAUGGGCAAAGAGAAAACCGGCAAGGCAGCUGAGGGCAAGGAGCGGCCGGCGGCAGAAGAGGAUGUCGGCCGGGGGCGGCACAAGCUGGUGCUGCCUGUGCCAGGGGACUCUCACUGCAAGGAGGGCAGCGUGGCCCGGGGAGCCUGUGAAGGCCGCCCCAAGCACCUGGCCUCCUGCCUUCUCAACACCAAGGUGCUCGACGGCGAGCUGGGCCGGUCCACACUGGCCAGCUGCGCAGGGGCCGUGCUAGGGCGGCCAGGUGUGGGCAUGCCGGCAACUGGACGCUGCACCAAGGAGGUGGCGGGCCCCACAGAGCCUGGGCCAGCCUUCAGCGAGUGCCUGGAGCGGAGGCAGAUGCUGCACCAUGCCGUGUCCUACACAGUGCCGUCCGGCCUGCCCGCGGGGCCGCCCCCUCCCCUCAGCACAGCUGCGGCUGGCCCCUUCCCCUGCCUGCAGCUGCAUGGGGGCCCGGAUGGGCUCUGCCCCUUGCAGGACAAAGUCCCCCGGGACCUGAAGGCCAGUGGGCCCACCUUCGUGCCUUCCGUGGGACACCUGGCCGACAAGAGCCGCCCCUUCCAGGCGGCUGAGGCCUGUGCCGUGGUGGGUGAGGGCAAGGAUCGGCACCUGGAGGCGGCCGCCGCGCCUGACCAUGCUGCGCCUUACGGGGUCUCCUAUGCCCACCUGAAGGCUGAGGGCAAGGGCGAGCGGCGGUCCGGGAGCUUCGAAGCGGCCCUCAACCCCCGGCUGAAGGGCCUGGAGUACCUGGACAGCGCCGGCCCUGAGGCCCCCUUUCCUGGGCUCCCCAAAGCGGGUCUGGACAAAAGCGGCUACUUUGAGUUGCCUGCCCCCUCGCAAGACUGCGCCCGGCCUAGUCACCAGGACCCACUGGGUGGGAAGGUCACCCAGGCCUGCUGCACUUUAGACAAGGCUGCCAGCAAGGAGACGCCUGUGGGUGCCCCCGGUUCCCAGAAAGUGGCUCGCAUCCGGCAUCAGCAGCACCUGGUGGCCCCUGAGGUAGAACCGGGGAUCAGCGGGGCCGAGGUCAAGCGCAAGUCUCUGGAGCUGGCGUCUCUGGGCUAUGGCGGGCCGCCCCCGCCCCCAUGGAACGUCCAGUCAGGCCAGGGGGCCCCCAUGGCCAUUGGUGAGGAGCGCAAGGCGGGCGCCUAUCUGGACCCCUUUGGUGGCACUCUGCAGCAGGCCGCCCUCCUGCCGCAGGACCUGCCUGCCCCGCCUGACGAGGUCUCGGCCAUGAAGAACCUGCUCAAGUACAGCAACCAAGCGCUGGUCGUUGGCCAGAAGGCACCCUUCGUGGGCCUGGGGGGCCUGAAGGCCAGCUGUGCCCAGCAGGACGGGAAGUUCCCAAACUCCAAGGGUGCAGGCCAGGCCUCAGGCGAGGUGGAAAGGCCUGACUGUGCCCGAAGCCGGGAGCAUGAUGCCACCCACAGUGAUGGGGAGGUGCGGCAGCCGCCAGUGGGCAUUGCAGUGGCCUUGGCCAGGCAGAAGGACACGGUGAGCCGGUCGGAGUCAGCCUACGGUGCCAACACAGGACGGCAGGGCCGGGCAGCCCCCGCCUUCAAAGCUGGCGGUGGGCCCCGCUCCACCCACCCACUGGACCUGGAGGCCGAAGAGGAGAGGGCCCGCCUGUGUGAGGACCGCCUGGGGCUCGCCGGCCGCGAACUGCUGCUGCAGGACAACAAGGACCUCGUGGAGUUCGCCCGGAUCCACCCAUCAGGCGGCUGUCCCGGGGACCUGGCCCCCCAUCUCAUGAUCGCUGGGGGAUCCUCCCUGCAGAGCGGCCAGCUGGCCGGGGACCCGGCCCCCCACCCCCACCCUGCCCACCCUCCCUGGCUGCCCCGCACCCGCAGCCCCUCCUUGUGGAUGGGAGGACAUUCCUACGGCCUUGGGCACCCUGCCCUGCACCAGAAUCUGCCCCCCGGCUUCCCUGCAUCCGUGCCCGGCUCCAUGCCCCCCGUCUUCCCCCUCUCCCAGGACGCCCCCACACAACUAGUCAUCCUGCCCUCUGAGCCCACACCCCACACGGCCCCCCAUGCGCUUGCUGAUGUCAUGGACCAGGCUUCGCUGUGGCCCCCCAUGUAUGGGGGCCGGGGCCCCGCCUCCCACAUGCAGCACCCCGGCCAGCUCCCCGUCUACUCCCGGUCCCAGUUCCUGCGGCAACAGGAGCUCUAUGCCCUGCAGCAGCAACAACAGCAGCAGCAGCAGCAGCAGCAGCGGGCCACUCAGGCCCUGGAGCUGCAGCGGGCCAGCCAAUUCCAGCAGAAGCCUGAGGACCACCACCUGGAGCUGGAGGAGCCCGCCCAGGAGAAGGCCUUGAAGUCCACCCACAAGCCAGUUGCCUUAACCCCCACGGCCAAGGGCACCCCCUCACCAGCCACCGCAGGCCCUGCGAAGCUGUCACCCUGCUGCCACUCUCCCGCCCCGAAGCCCCCCCCCGCCAGCUGCCCUACACCACCACCGCAUCCUAUCGCCCCGUGCACUUUAUCCGUCUGCCCCACCGGCAGCCCCGGGCCAGGCUCCAAGCUGCCCAGCGCCGAAGACAAGAGUGGGGAGGGCCAGCGGCCCAGAGCCGACCUCAACACGUUGGAUCCAGACCUGCCUCCCGGAUACACAUGCCCUGCGGCGGCCAGCUCGGGCUUCUCCCUGCCCCGCAGCGUGCACUCAUCUGACCUCUCGGACCCUGAAACUAUGCAAACUGCCCCACUGGGGGCCCAGCCUGAGCUGGCCAGGACGUUCCCGCCCGGAGAGCUCUGCCUCCGCAGCCCCCAGAAACUGGAGGAGACUGGGCUGCCCUCAGGGACCAGAGAGGCCACCCAGGACCUUGCCGCCACCCCUCACCCUGCCGAGCGGGGACCCCCGGGGAAGGCAACAGACCCAAGCCCACUGGAGGGGCUGCGAGAACUGCGGUGUGGGGCUCUCCUCGAGGGAGGGGGCCCUGAGGCCUCUGGCCAGGCUGAUUCUACUCAGGGAGGAGGGGCCCCAGAGGCAAGGACCACGGAGGAGGGGCGGGAGGACGGACAGCUGGGGCCCUCGUUGGGGGCCGGUCCCCAGGCCGUGGAACAGCCGGCGAGGAGCCUGGGCACCCUGAAUCAGGCGGAGUCGGGCAAACAGCAAGGCCCUACAGAAGCAGAGGCAGAGGAGGUGGCCGAGUUGGAGGAGGCUGAACUAGAAGAGGAGGAAGAGGAGCAGGACUGGGGUUCGACUCCUGACAACAGCCAGCUGCCCGGGGAGCUGCCCGGGCUGGACGCUCUGGUGGCAGCCACCAUCAACCUGGGGGACCUGCCCAGCGUCGGCCCACUGGACCCUCCGCCCCCUGCUGUCCCUGGGCCACCCCGCACAGCUCCCCUGCCCCGUAGCUCAGGGAUUCAUGGAAUUGCCCUGCUCAGCGAGCUGGUCGACCUGGAGAUCCAGCAGCAGAGGACUGAGCCAGCCCUGCAAGAGGAGGAGGAUGUGCUGGCCUUCAACCUGCAGCGCCUGGCCACCCUGGCCUCAGCCUGGUCCCUGGUCGAAGCUGCUAACCUGGACAGCCCCGCCUCCUUGGCCCAGCCCCCUACCGCUGACCCCUGCAGGGCUCCUGCGCUCACCCCCCGCAUGCAGAUCCUGCGGCGCAAGGACACCUGGACCCCCAAGACCAAGCCUGUGUGCCCACUGAAGGCUGCCAUUGAUCGGCUGGACACGCAGGAGGUGGAGAUGCGCGUGCAGCUGGCGGAGCUGCAGAGGCGCUACAAGGAGAAGCAGCGGGAGCUGGCCCGGCUGCAGCGCAGGCACGACCAUGAGAGAGACGAGAGCUCAAGGAGCCCUGCCAGGCGAGGGCCUGGCCGGCCACGGAAACGCAAAUACUCCAGUUUGCUGCCUGCCCUGCGCCCCAGCGACAGCAAGAAAGUCAAGGCUGUGCGGUCUAGCCUGAGCCUGCUAUGUGCUGAGCUGCGUGGUGGUGAUGAUGAGCCUUCGAAGAAGCGAGGCCGGCUGGAGAAGGGCGCCUACGUGGGCCUGCAGCCCGCGUCUGCGGAGAAGGUUCGGUGCAAGAAGAGCAGCAGUCAGGGCGACCUGGCAUCUGCUGUGGCCCACAAGGUGGCCCAGCUGAAGCCGAAGGUCAAGAGCAAGGGGCUGCCCACUGGCCUCAGCCCCUUCCGGCGAAAGGAGGCCACCCCAGGGGGUCGUAUCCGGAAGAAACUGUCACGAGCCAAGAAUGCCAAGGCAUCUGGGAUGGCCCGGCACCCACAGCCUGAUGGCAGCAUUGGUGGCAGGGAGGCACCUAAGUUCCCAGCCCAGCCGGCAGCGGCCGCAACACGUGAAGCAGGCAACGGCUCAGACAGUGAAAACUGUGAUGGUCUGCUGGAGACAGAAGAACCCCCCAAGGAGCCCGGGCUGGUGCUACACGCUGGGACCCGCAUGGCCAUGCUGGGGCCCUCGCCCUCCUCCGUGGUCAAGAUGGAGGCCAACCAGAAGGCCAAGAAGAAAAAAGAGAGGCAGAGCUUGCUAGGGGCCUGCCGCCUGUCCAGCCCCGAGAAUGAGGUCAAGGUCAAGCGGAGGACGGUGAAGACCAAGGUGGGCAGCAAGCUGGAGCGGGCCCCGGGGCGCAGGCCCCCAGGGGGGCCCGGCAAGAAGAAGGCCAAGGCCAAGGCCAAGGGCGGCCUGCGGGCAGAGCCGGGGGCCGCGCCCAGCAGGGACGCCCUCUGCGGCCCCGCCCGGGCCUUCGCCUGCCAUGAGGAGGGCAGCAGGCUGGCCAGCGAGCGCCUCAAGAGAGCCACACGCAAGAGCACGGUGCUCCAGCCGGGGCUGCGGCGGAAGAAUGGGGCCCUGUCCAUCGCUCUGUCACCCCGCAACGCCAAGGCCAUCCUGGGGAGGGGCCGGAAAGCGGGCAAGGUGAAAACCAAGGCCGUUGGCAAACAGGGCAAGGGCCGGGCGGUCAGUCGGCUGCUGGAGAGCUUUGCGGUGGAGGACGACUUUGAGUUUGAGGACAGCAGCUGCCUCUCGGAGGAUGAGGAGGAGGAGGAGGAGGCCAGUGGCCCCCUGAGCGCAGAGCAGAGCGCCGCCCUGGCACGCUCAUGCACCAUUCACAAGGAGGACCUGCAGGACGGGCUGCCUGUGCUCAUCCCCAAGGAAGACAGUCUGCUGUAUGCAGGCAGCGUCAGGACCCUGCAGCCCCCUGACAUCUACAGCAUUGUCAUCGAGGGCGAAAGAGGCAAUCGGCAAAGGAUCUACUCGCUGGAGCAGCUGCUGCAGGAGGCGGUUCUGGAUGUCCGACCCCAGUCCAGCCGGUACCUCCCGCCCGGCACGAGGGUCUGUGCCUACUGGAGCCAGAAGUCCCGCUGCCUGUACCCAGGCAACGUGGUACGAGGCACCUCCAGUGAUGAGGAAGAGGACCUGGACUCCGUGGUGGUGGAGUUCGACGAUGGGGACACUGGCCACAUUGCUGUCUCCAACAUCAGGCUGCUGCCUCCAGACUUCAAGAUCCAGUGCACCGAGCCCUCGCCAGCCCUGCUGGUGUCCAGCAGCUGCCGGAGGACCAAGAAGUCUUCCUGUGAGGCGCCCCCGCCCAGUGAGGCCACCGCUCCCAGCCUGUCUCCUAAGGCUCAUGAUGGGUCUGAAGCCUCAAAGACCUCCGGGAAGAAAUCCACAGGCAAAGACAAAGCUGGCAAAACAGAGCUCCUGACCUCUGGUGCCAAGCCCCCCGCGGGGGCCUCAGACCACUUCUUGGGCCGCCGGGGCAGCCCGCUGCUGAGCUGGUCGGCGGUGGCACAGACCAAGCGGAAGGCGGUGGCCGCGGCAGGCAGCAAGGGGCCAGGCGUGCUGCAGAACCUCUUCCAGCUCAACGGCAGCGCCAAGAAGCUGCGGGCCCGCGAGGCCCUGUUCCCCAUGCACAGCGUGGCACCACCUGUGUUCGGCAACGGCUUCCGCGCUGACUCCUUCAGCAGUCUGGCCAGCUCCUACGCGCCCUUUGUCGGCGGGGCCGGGCCUGGCCUGCCUGGGGGGGCCCACAAGCUGCUGCGGGCCAAGAAGGCUGAGGUUGAGAAGGGUGGGCGGCGGCGGACGGGCGGCGAGUUCCUGGUCAAGCUGGACCACGAGGGCGUGACCUCCCCCAAGAGCAAGAACUGCAAGGCGCUACACGCUGGCGACAAGGACUCGGGGGCCAGGCCAGGGAGGCCCCUGCCCAGCCCCAGCUACGGGCACCCAGCCCUCGUGGGCAAGGACAGGAAGGGGCGGGCGCCCGUCCACCCGCUGCCCAUGGGGCUGGCGCUGCGCAAGUUCACGGGCCAGGCCGAGUACCCGCUGCCCUGCGACAGCGACUGCCACAGCUCCUACUCAGACGAGGAGGAGGACGGGCCUGGCCUGGCACCCGGCGUGCCCUCCCGCUUCCUCGCCCGCCUGUCCGUGUCCUCCUCGUCCUCGGGCUCAUCCACCUCCUCCUCCUCGGGCUCCCUGUCCACCUCCAGCCUCUGCUCCUCGGAAGACGAGGGCUCUUCCUACAGCUCGGACGAGGAGGACCCCGCCCUGCUGCUGCAGACAUGCCUCACCCACCCAGUGCCCGCGCUCCUGGCCCAGCCCGAGGCCCUGCGCUCCAAGGGGGGCGGCCCGCACCCGCACGCCCAGCGCUGCUUCCUGUCCAGGGCCGCCGUGGCUGGUGGGGGUGCGGGCGCGGGCCCCAGCAGCAGCAGACCCCGGCUCAAGCGCAAGGAGGCCCUGAGCUUCUCCAAAGCCAAAGAGCUGUCCCGGAGGCAGCGGCUGCCCUCCGUGGAAAACCGGCCAAAGAUCUCAGCCUUCCUGCCCGCCCGGCAGCUCUGGAAGUGGUCGGGGAACCCCACGCAGAGGCGUGGCAUGAAGGGGAAGGCCAGGAAGCUGUUCUACAAGGCCAUCGUCCGGGGCAAGGAGACGCUUCGCAUCGGGGACUGCGCGGUCUUCCUGUCAGCCGGGCGGCCCAACCUGCCCUACAUCGGCCGCAUCGAGAGCAUGUGGGAGUCGUGGGGCAGCAACAUGGUGGUGAAGGUCAAGUGGUUCUACCAUCCGGAGGAGACCAAACUGGGGAAGCGGCAGAGUGAUGGGAAGAACGCGCUGUACCAGUCCUGCCACGAGGACGAGAACGACGUGCAGACCAUUUCCCACAAGUGCCAGGUCGUAGGGCGCGAGCAGUACGAGCAGAUGACACGGAGCCGCAAGUACCAGGACCGGCGGGACCUCUAUUACCUGGCGGGCACCUACGACCCCACCACGGGGCGCUUGGUGACGGCCGACGGCGUGCCCAUUCUGUGCUGA